CCUGGGUUCAAUCCUGCAGUGCUGCAGGCGUCUCUCUUUCUCCCUCUUUGCUUUCGAUUUCUGUCUCUAUCCAAUAAAUCAAUAAAUAUAUGAGAGAGAGAGAGAGAGAGAGAGGAGAACACUGCAGCACUGUUUCCACUGAAGCUUCCCCCACACACGCGUGGGGACAGGACUUAACCCUGGUCCUUGUGCAUGGCAAUGUGUGCGCUCAACCUGGUGUGCUACUGCCUGGCCUCGGUCAAAGAAAUGUCUAGAACAAGUGAAUUGGCGGCCUGGAGGGUGUGGGGUGCCCUCUGCUCCGUGAGGUGCUGGGCAGGCCGUGGGUUCUCGGGAAGUUCCUGUCGGUGGGGUAUGGAGAGAGUGCAGCAUCUGCACUGUUCCUCUCUGGGACACCCUCAUCCCAGGUUCUCGCCCUGGCGGGAGAGGAUCGGAGCCCCAGAUGCUGCAGCCGUGCCGGCUGGGAACCCUCCACUGUGGAACUGGAGGGGAGCAGGCGCGCCAGGCUGCGCCGAGGGGCGUGGUCUGGGUGGGCGUGGUUUGCGGAAGCCCCGCCCCUCCCCGCCGCCGAGGUGCCCAGGUCCGCCCGGGGAGCCAGCGCCACAGCCCGCGCCCGCCCGCCCUGGGUCUAUGGGGCCGCCCCUCCGAGCAGCCCUGCCGGUCCGCCGCCAGCUGCAGGCGCGGCCCGGGAGCCCCGCAGGCUGCCCUGAGCCCUCCUGAGGGCGCCCGGCGGACAUGGCGACCCCCCUGCCCGGAGCCAGCGGCGAAGACCACGCCACGCGAGGGGGAGAUCACGGCGGCUGCAGUGCCCCCUGGGGCUUCCUGCCCGGGCUGGCGGUCAAGGCCCCUCCGGGACCCUGUUUGCAGGCGCAGCGCAAGGAGAAAUCCCGCAACGCGGCGCGCUCGCGGCGCGGGAAGGAGAACCUGGAGUUCUUCGAGCUGGCCAAGCUGCUCCCGCUGCCCGGGGCCAUCUCCAGCCAGCUGGACAAGGCGUCCAUCGUGAGGCUCAGCGUCUCCUACCUCCGCCUGCGCCGCUUCGCCGCGCUCGGGGCGCCUCCGUGGGGGCUGCGGGGUGCAGGGCCGCCCGCCAGUCUGUCCCCCAGCCGCUGUGCCUCCGUGGCCCAGGUCUCCGAAGUCUUCGAGCAGCACCUGGGCGGACACAUCUUGCAGUCCCUGGAUGGCUUCGUGUUUGCCUUGAGCCAGGAAGGAAAGUUCCUCUACAUCUCAGAGACGGUCUCUAUCUACCUGGGCCUCUCACAGGUGGAGCUGACGGGCAGCAGCGUCUUUGACUACAUCCAUCCCGGGGACCACUCGGAGGUGCUGGAGCAGCUGGGGCUGCGCACGCGGGUGCUCGGGCCCCCCACGCCGCCCUCCGUCCCCUCCUCCUCUUCGUCUUCCUCCUCCUCCUCUUCGCUCACGGACACUCCUGACAUUGAGCUCAGCUCCACCGGCCCUCCCUCCUCCCGGGCCCAAGAGUGCUCCUUCUUUGUCCGCAUGAAAUCCACCCUCACCAAGAGGGGGCUGCACGUCAAGGCCUCGGGGUACAAGGUCAUCCAUGUGACUGGGCGCCUCCGGGCACACGCACUGGGGCUGGUGGCCUUGGGCCACACGCUGCCCCCCGCCCCGCUGGCCGAGCUGCCCCUUCACGGACACGCCAUCGUUUUCCGCCUCAACCUGGGGCUCACCAUCCUUGCUUGUGAGAGCAGAGUCAGUGACCACAUGGACCUGGGGCCCUCGGAGCUCGUGGGGCGCAGCUGCUACCAGUUCAUCCACGGACAGGACGCCGCCAGGAUCCGCCAGAGCCACCUGGACCUGCUGGACAAGGGCCAGGUGGUGACCAGCUACUACCGCUGGCUGCAGAGGGCUGGGGGCUUUGUGUGGCUACAGUCUGUGGCCACUGUGGCCGUGAACGGGAAGAGCCCCGCGGAACGCCAUGUGCUGUGGGUCAGCUAUGUGCUCAGCCAAGCCGAGAGUGGCCACACACCCCUGGACGCCUUUCAGCUCCCAGCCAGCAUGGCCCAGGACGACACAUCCAGCCCAGAGCCUGCAGCCACAGAGCCCCAGCCACCAGUGCCAGAAAAGCAGGCUGCUCCUCAGGACAAGGACAAGGCCCCCCAGAGCCGAGCCAAACGCAUCAAAGUGGAGGCAGCCACCCAGGAGACGAAGGGGGCUGAGGACAGUGAGGAUGAGGAGGAGCCACCCAGGCCAGAGUUCACGUCUGUCAUCCGGGCUGGGGGCCUGAAGCAGGACCUGGUGCCGCCCUGGGGUCUGGGGGUCCCAGGAGCACCGUCACCUUCCCUCCUCCACCCAGGCUUCCUGCCCCCCAUGGUGCGGGGCCUGUGCACACCUGGUGCCAUCCGAUAUGGCCCCACGGAGCUGGGCCUCAUGUACCCCCACCUGCAGAGGCUGGGUCCUGGGCCCCCCCUCCCGGAUACCUUCUACCCCACCCUGGGCCUGCCCUUCCCUGCAUCCCCGGGCACCAGGGUGCAGCGGAAGGGGGACUGAUGCGGGGGGGAGCCCCCCGCUGAGCUGGACUCUGGAAUAUGGGGGUGAGGGUGGGCAAGGGGGCGGGGGUUGUCUGCCCAGUGGCCCAUCUGGAGAAUAAACACCUGCUUGCCCCCCACACACACUCUGGACUUAGUUUCUGGGUGCUUAGAGGUCCUGUCUCCGGAUUCUGGGUGGUAUCACCUGACAUGGAGAGGCCCAUCCCCACCCCAUCCCCUCUUCUCCCACCCCCUUCCCACCAUCAUCAGCAACAGGAACCAUCACUCGAACCAUGGAGCCAGGGUAGGGUC